UUUUUGAUUGAUUUUUUUUUGUUAUAAUCAACAGAUUACUGUAAAAUAUAAAAAAUAAAAACAGAGACGAAGGCUUAUCUGUCGCUCAUUCAUCACCGCCGCACACUCCUCUUUCUCUCUUCUUUUUGAGCGCUGUCUUCUUUCCUACGCAAAUUGCUUUGCUGUGUAUACACUUUGUUGAAUGAAAGGCCGCGGCGGCGGCGGUGGUGUCGGUGUCGGUGCUGCUGUAUUUCUUCAACGGUAACUGUCUAUCUUUUUCGCAUACCUAAUCCUAAUCGCUUAAAGAAUGAGGAUCCGGAAUUUGGUGGCGGGCAUGCUAUUUGUGACUGUAAUUGCUCCAAUUCUUCUCUACACCGAUCGAUUCUCCGCUUUCAAGUCCGCUUCUUAUUCUCCUACAACUGAAUUUCUGGAAGAUGUUGCCUCUCUGACUCUUUCGGGCGAAUCCCGGCUCCAUCUCAAUGUGUUGCCGCAGGAAUCAUCUGACAUUGUUGUUAAAGAACCCGUCGGAAUCGUAUUCUCCGAUAACUCUGUCGAUUCUCCUCCUCAACUUCAAGUCCAAGAUUCUUCCUCUCAAGAUAUAAUUAAAGAGCAUAAAUCUGCAAGAGUAUUAUCAGCCACCACCAAUGAUCAAGAUCACUCCCAAACUGAUCAUCCUGUCAUAAGACAAGUCACUCCGCUUCGUACUGAUGUUGAUGCUGGCAUUGAACGUCGCAAAAAAAUUGCAUCCACCAAUCUGGGCUCUGAUGAUACUGCCUCUCAAAGGCAAUCUACUCUAUUUUCUGAAAAGGUCAGUGUGGAAGAACCAGUCAUUCUUAAAACUGACAAACAGAUAGCCCAAACGCCUGUGCCAGAUGCUCGAGUACGGCAACUUAGAGAUCAACUCAUUAGGGCAAAGGUUUACCUGUCUCUUCCAUCUACGAAAAACAAUCCCCAUUUAACAAGGGAGCUUCGGUCGCGGAUAAAGGAAGUUCAACGUGUACUUGGAGAUGCAGCUAAGGAUUCUGAUCUGCCAAAGAAUGCCAAUGACAAAUUGAAGGCAAUGGACCAAGCAUUGGUUAAAGGCAAGCAGAUACAGGAUGAUUGUGCUACUGUGGUAAAGAAGCUUCGGGCUAUGCUCCACUCAAGUGAAGAGCAGCUCCGAGUGCAUAAGAAACAAACCAUGUUCCUGACACAGUUAACAGCCAAAACACUUCCUAAAGGUCUGCAUUGUCUUCCGUUACGCUUGACCAAUGAGUACUACAGCUUGAAUUCUUCUGCACAGGAAUUUCCAAAUCAAGCGAAAUUGGAAGACCCUCAGCUGUAUCACUAUGCAUUGUUCUCAGAUAAUGUUCUGGCAGCAGCAGUUGUUGUGAACUCCACCAUCACCCAUGCUAAGGAUCCUUCGAAACAUGUUUUUCACAUUGUUACUGAUAAACUCAACUAUGCGGCAAUGAGAAUGUGGUUUCUAGCAAAUCCACCUAGCAAAGCUACCAUUCAGGUUCAGAAUAUCGAGGACUUUACCUGGUUGAAUUCAAGUUACAGCCCCGUUCUCAAGCAGUUGGGUUCUCCGUCAAUGAUUGAUUAUUACUUUAGGGCACAUCAUGGUGGUUCUGAUUCUAGUUUGAAGUAUCGAAACCCAAAGUACUUAUCCAUCUUGAACCAUCUACGCUUUUACCUGCCUGAGAUCUUUCCAAAGCUCAACAAAGUAUUGUUCUUGGAUGAUGAUAUAGUGGUACAGAAGGAUCUUGCAGACCUUUGGUCCAUUGAUUUGAAGGGUAAUGUUAAUGGGGCUGUUGAGACUUGUGGAGAAAACUUUCAUCGUUUUGAUAGAUAUCUCAACUUCGCAAAUCCCCUUAUCUCGAAGAAUUUUGAUCCUCAUGCUUGUGGGUGGGCUUAUGGAAUGAACGUUUUUGAUUUGGAUCAAUGGAAGAGGCAAAACAUUACUGAGGUUUAUCAUUCAUGGCAGAAGCUGAAUCAUGACAGGUCGCUGUGGAAGUUAGGGACCUUACCACCUGGUCUCAUUACUUUUUGGAAGCGAACUUAUGCCCUAAACCGCUCCUGGCAUGUGUUGGGUCUUGGCUAUAACCCUAACGUCAACCAAAGAGACAUUGAACGAGCAGCUGUUAUACACUUCAAUGGCAACAUGAAACCAUGGCUUGAGAUAGGGAUACCCAAGUACCGAACCUACUGGGCAAAAUAUGUGGAUUACGAGCAUGUGUAUUUACGAGAGUGCAACAUUAACCCAUAGAAGGGGCAUCUGCAGUCAUUUAAGCUCCUUCUCAUAUCCUACUUGGCCGAAAAAACUUUUCCAGGUCCACAUCUCUCUGUUUAGCUAGAAGCUUUCUUAGAUUACUUGUUUAUGUAUACCAUUCUUUCUCCCAUGCCGGCAUGUAGUUAAUUUUGGCACUUCUUGGAACAUGUCAGCAAAAUGGCAGUUGUAUAUGUAAAUGAAUGCGAGCAUUUAUCUGUUUUGAUCUGUAGUUGUAGUUGGUCAACACACUGUCUAUAUUCUUAAUUCUUGUCUAGUCUGGAGUUCAGUAUACUCAUCAUGUUGGUGUCUGUUCUGGAAUGAAAAUUAUAGAUAAAAUGACUGCUAUCUGCAGCGGUUACUGUA